AAACUGCUGUUUAAAAGAAAUAUGUCCUUACACAUUCUAAAAAUCUCAUCAAAUCCCAGCUUUGCCCCAAGUCUAGCCCUUGCCCUCUCAUCAACUUUCUGUUGGCUUUAUGCCACGAGUUGUAUCAAGUCAUGCUUGGUUAUGAAGAUAUUGGAGACACAGGUAGUUAGAAUAAGGAGAGGUCCUAGCUACUUAUGCCUUUUCACACCUGCUAUUUGUAAAACUCUAUGAGAAUGGAGGAGUUGUGUACUCUUAAUAAAUUAGUGUCUUCUGGUAUUUAUACUUAAAUUAGAUGUUCUGCCUAUUUUUAAGAUGGCUUAUUUUUUUUAGGCAUCUGUGGGAAAACUAGAAUUGCAGAAGUAGGAGGUGUGCCUCACUUACUUCCUCUUGUAAACCGAAAAAAAGUUUAUGAUCUGAGUAAGAUUGCAAAAGAAAUCAAGCUGCCUGGAGCUUUCAUUCUUGGAGCAGGGGCAGGCCCAUUUCAGACUCUUGGGUUCAAUUCUGAGUUUAUGCCAGUUGUUCAAACAGAAAGUGAACACAAACCUCCUGUGAAUGGAAGUUACUUUGCCUGUAUUAACCCUGCAGAUGGAGGGUGCCUGCUAGAGAAAUACAGUGGGAAAUAUCAUGAUUUUGGGUGUGCAUUAAUGGCUAAUCUUUUUGCCAGUGAGGGCCACCCUGGGAAGGUCAUCGAGGUGAAAGCCAAAAGAAGAACUGGAAAACUUAACUUUGUGACUUGUAUGAGACAGACUCUUGAGAAACAUUAUGGAGAUAAGCCUGUAGGGAUGGGAGGUACUUUCCUCGUUCAGAAGGGAAAGGUGAAAACUCACAUUAUGCCUGCAGAAUUUUCUUCCUGCCCAUUGAACUCUGAAGAAGAGGUGAAUAAAUGGUUGCAAUUUUAUGAGAUGAAGGCUCCUUUGGUUUGUCUGCCAGUUUUUGUCUCCAGAGACCCAGGGUUUGAUUUGCGAUUGGAGCACACUCAUUUUUUCAGUCAUCAUGGAGAAGGUGGACACUACCAUUAUGAUACUACCCCAGAGACAGUGGAGUAUCUGGGAUACUUCUUACCUGCAGAGUUUCUCUUUCGUAUUGAUCAACCAGAAGAAACCCAUUCAUUUGGGCGAAAUUAAAUCACCUGACACUAAUUUAGAAAAGGAGGUAAUUAAGGUUUAAAUUUAAAAUCAAGCUCAUUAAUUGAUACUAAUAUAAAAUCCAGUGGAAAUGAUCUCACCAUUAAACCUCAUUUUUUUGGCCUUUGAAAUGAAACUGUGUUCUAUAUUUUAUAAAUCUAUUUUUGAGAAAUCAUUGUGAACAAAGAUGCAUAAUUGAGAUGUUCUUCAUUGUUUUUAUUGUAUAAUAUCAGCAAAAACAGAGUCGUGGUUCAUGUCUGUUACAGAUCGAAUUGUAUCCCCCAAAAUGGUGUGUUGUAAAUCUUAACCUCUAUGCUUGUGGUUAUAAUCCCAUCUGGGAAUGGGUUGUCUUUGUUGUGUUAAUGAGGCAGGAU